UCGCUCAUCUCUGAAAAGUGACUCUGUAGGUUAGGACUUGUCAUCAGACAGCCCCAGGAGAGCCCAGCCAAAUGCAACUGGUAACUUGCUGAGUUUGGAAUUCUUGGCCUGCCAUCUCCUUGUAGUCUUCCUUCUGGGACUACCUUGAAUUGUAAGCUCAUGACCUGUUUGAAGUUGGCUUGUUUCUGGAUUCCCUCUUCUACUUAGGAAUAAACAUUUGAGGAGACAAUUCUGUACCCCUUGAGCAGAAAGAAGUGGUCCUUCUACCGCAGAGAGAGGAAGGGGGAGAGAGAAACAACAACGUGAGAAACAUCAAUUGGCUGCCUCUCAUAUGUGCCUGGACUGAGGAUUGAACCUACAACCUAGGUAUGUGCCCUGACCAGGAACUGAACCCACAACCCUUCGGCUAUGGGACAACACGCCAACCAACUGAGCCUCACUGUCCAGGACAAGAAAGGAGUUUUGACUAUAUUACAAGAAACUAGUAACAGUUGUGAAGCAUUGCAGUGUCGGGAUGGCUAUGAGCCCUGUGUAAAUGAAGGACUAUGUGUUACCUACCACAAUGGCACAGGAUACUGCAAAUGUCCAGAGGGCUUCUUGGGAGAAUAUUGUCAACAUCGAGACCCCUGUGAGAAGAGCCGCUGUCAGAAUGGUGGGACAUGUGUGGCCCAGGCCAUGUUGGGGAAAGCCACAUGCCAGUGUGCCCUGGGGUUCACAGGCGAAGACUGCCAGUACUCCACCACUCAUCCCUGCUAUGCACAUCCCUCCUGUCAGAAUGGAGGCACCUGCCACGUGCUCAGCCAGGAUGACUAUGAGUGCAUCUGCCAAGUUGGUUUUACAGGUAAGCUGUGCCAGUGGACUGAUGCCUGCCUAUCUCAUCCCUGUGCAAAUGGAAGUACCUGUACCACCGUGGCCAACCAGUUCUCCUGCAAAUGCCUUGCAGGCUUCACAGGGCAGAAAUGUGAGACUGAUGUCAAUGAGUGUGACAUUCCAGGACAAUGCCAGCAUGGUGGUACCUGCCUCAACCUGCCAGGUUCCUUUCAGUGCCAGUGCCCCCAGGGCUUCACAGGCCAGCACUGUGACAGCCCCUAUGUGCCCUGUGCUCCCUCCCCCUGUGUCAAUGGAGGCACCUGCCGGCAGACUGGUGACUUCACUUUUGAGUGCAACUGCCUUCCAGGUUUUGAAGGCAGCACCUGCGAGCGGAAUAUCGAUGACUGCCCUAACCACAGGUGUCAGAAUGGAGGGGUGUGUGUGGACGGGGUCAAUACCUACAACUGUCGCUGUCCCCCUCAGUGGACAGGACAGUUCUGCACAGAGGAUGUGGACGAGUGCCUGCUGCAACCCAAUGCCUGUCAGAAUGGAGGCACUUGUACCAACCGCAACGGAGGCUAUGGCUGCGUGUGCGUUAAUGGCUGGAGUGGCGAUGACUGCAGUUUGAACGUCGAUGACUGUGCCUAUGCCUCCUGUACUCCAGGCUCCACUUGCAUUGACCGUGUGGCCUCCUUCUCUUGCAUGUGCCCAGAAGGAAAGGCAGGUCUCUUGUGUCAUCUGGAUGAUGCAUGCAUCAGCAAUCCUUGCCACAAGGGGGCACUGUGUGAUACCAACCCCCUGAAUGGACAGUAUAUUUGCACCUGCCCACAAGGCUACAAAGGGGCUGACUGUACAGAAGACGUGGAUGAGUGCGCCAUGGCCAACAGCAAUCCUUGUGAGCACGCAGGAAAAUGUGUGAACACAGAUGGUGCCUUCCACUGUGAGUGUCUGAAAGGGUAUGCAGGGCCUCGUUGUGAGAUGGACAUCAACGAGUGCCACUCAGACCCCUGCCAGAACGACGCCACCUGUCUGGAUAAGAUUGGAGGCUUCACAUGUCUGUGCAUGCCAGGUUUCAAAGGUGUGCAUUGUGAACUGGAGAUAAAUGAAUGUCAGAGCAACCCUUGUGUGAACAAUGGGCAGUGCGUGGAUAAAGUCAAUCGCUUCCAGUGUCUGUGUCCACCUGGUUUCACUGGGCCAGUUUGCCAAAUUGAUAUUGAUGACUGUUCCAGUACUCCAUGUCUGAAUGGGGCAAAGUGUAUCGAUCACCCAAAUGGCUAUGAAUGCCAGUGUGCCACAGGAUUCACUGGUGUGUUGUGUGCGGAGAACAUUGACAACUGUGACCCUGAUCCCUGCCACCAUGGCCAGUGUCAGGAUGGGAUUGAUUCCUACACCUGCAUCUGUAACCCCGGGUACAUGGGCGCCAUCUGCAGUGACCAGAUAGAUGAAUGUUACAGCAGCCCGUGCUUGAAUGAGGGCCGUUGCAUUGACCUGGUAAAUGGCUAUCAGUGCAACUGCCAGCCAGGCACCUCAGGUAUUAAUUGUGAAAUCAAUUUUGAUGACUGUGCAAGUAACCCUUGUGUCCAUGGAGUCUGUAUGGAUGGAGUUAAUCGUUACAGUUGUGUCUGCUCACCAGGAUUCACAGGGCAGAGAUGUAACAUUGACAUCGAUGAGUGUGCCUCCAAUCCCUGUCGCAAGGGUGCAACAUGCAUCAAUGAUGUGAAUGGUUUCCGCUGUAUAUGCCCUGAGGGACCCCAUCACCCCAGCUGCUACUCACAGGUGAACGAGUGCCUGAGCAAUCCCUGCAUCCACGGGAACUGUACUGGGGGCCUCAGAGGAUACAAGUGCCUCUGUGAUGCAGGCUGGGUUGGCACCAACUGCGAAGUGGACAAAAAUGAAUGUCUUUCUAGUCCAUGCCAGAAUGGAGGAACUUGUGACAAUCUGGUGAAUGGAUACAGGUGUACUUGCAAGAAGGGCUUUAAAGGCUCUAACUGUCAGGUGAAUAUCAAUGAAUGUGCCUCAAAUCCGUGCCUGAACCAAGGAACCUGCUUUGAUGACAUAAGUGGCUACACUUGCCGCUGUGUGUUGCCGUACACAGGCAAGAACUGUCAGACUGUAUUGGCUCCCUGUUCCCCAAAUCCUUGUGAGAAUGCUGCCGUUUGCAAAGAGGCACCAAAUUUUGAGAGUUACACCUGCCUGUGUGCUCCUGGCUGGCAAGGUCAGCGAUGUACAAUUGACAUUGAUGAGUGUGUCUCUAAGCCCUGCAUGAACCAUGGUCUCUGCCAUAACACCCAGGGCAGCUACAUGUGCGAGUGUCCUCCAGGCUUCAGUGGCAUGGACUGUGAGGAGGACAUCGAUGACUGCCUCGCAAAUCCUUGCCAGAACGGAGGUUCCUGUGUAGAUGGAGUGAAUGCUUUCUUCUGCCUGUGCCUUCCUGGCUUCACUGGGGAUAAGUGUCAGACAGACAUGAACGAGUGUCUGAGCGAACCCUGUAAGAAUGGAGGGACAUGCUCUGACUAUGUGAACAGUUAUACUUGCAAGUGCCAGGCAGGAUAUGAAGGAGUCCACUGUGAGAACAACAUCGACGAGUGCACUGAGAGCUCCUGUUUCAAUGGUGGCACAUGUGUCGACGGGAUUAACUCCUUCUCUUGCUUAUGCCCCGUGGGCUUCACUGGCCCAUUCUGCCUCCAUGAGAUUAAUGAAUGCAAUUCUCACCCCUGCCGGAAUAAAGGAGUAUGCGUUGAUGGCCUGGGUUCCUACCGCUGCACCUGCCCCUGGGGCUACACUGGGAAAAACUGUCAGACUCUGGUGAAUCUCUGUAGUCGGUCUCCAUGUAAAAACAAAGGUACUUGCGUUCAGGAAGAAACAGAGUCCUGGUGCCUGUGUCCAUCCGGAUGGACGGGUGCUUACUGUGAUGUGCCUAAUGUAUCCUGUGAGGUGGCGGCCUCCCAAAGAGGAUUGCCCACUGACCGCUUGUGCCAGCAUUCAGGCAUCUGUAUCAAUGCUGGCAACUCGCAUCGCUGCCAGUGCCCCUUGGGCUAUACGGGGAGCUACUGUGAGGAGCAGCUCAACGAGUGUUCGUCCAAUCCCUGCCAGCAUGGAGCCACCUGCCAUGACUUCAUUGGUGGAUACAGAUGUGAGUGUGUCCCAGGAUACCAGGGUGUCAAUUGCGAGUAUGAAGUGGAUGAGUGCCAGAAUCAGCCAUGCCAGAAUGGAGGCACCUGUAUUGACCUGGUGAACCAUUUCAAGUGCUCCUGCCCUCCAGGCACUCGGGGCCUGCUUUGUGAAGAAAACAUUGAUGACUGUGCCAAGGGACCCCACUGCCUUAAUGGUGGUCAGUGUGUGGAUAAGAUUGGGGGCUACAGUUGUCAUUGCUUGCCUGGCUUUGCUGGGGAACGGUGUGAGGGGGACAUCAACGAGUGCCUGUCGAACCCCUGCAGCUCUGAGGGCAGCCUGGACUGCAUCCAGCUCACCAAUGACUACCAGUGCGUCUGCCGCAGCGCCUUCACUGGUCGUCAUUGUGAAACUUUCAUCGAUGUGUGUCCCCAGAAGCCUUGCUUAAAUGGAGGGUCUUGUGCUGUGGCCAGCAACAUGCCUGAUGGUUUCAUUUGUCGUUGUCCCCCGGGAUUCUCCGGGGCAAGAUGCCAGAGCAGCUGUGGACAAGUGAAGUGCAAGAGAGGGGAGCAGUGUGUGCACACGACUUCAGGACCACGCUGCUUCUGCCCCAACCCCCAGGACUGCGAUUCAGGCUGUGCCAGCAGCCCCUGCCAGCAUGGGGGGAGCUGCUUCCCACAGCGCCAGCCUCCAUAUUAUUCUUGCCAGUGCCCUCCACCAUUCUGGGGCAGCCACUGCGAACAUACAGCCCCCACCAGCAUCCCUCCUGCCACCUGUGACAGCCAGUAUUGCACUGACAAAGCUCGGGAUAAUGUCUGCGAUGAGGCCUGCAACAGCCACGCCUGCCAGUGGGAUGGGGGUGACUGUUCCCUCACCAUAGAGGACCCCUGGGCCAACUGCUCCUCCCCACUUCCCUGCUGGAAAUACAUCAACAACCAGUGUGAUGAGCUGUGCAACACAGCCGAGUGCCUGUUUGACCACUUUGAAUGCCAGGGGAAUAGCAAGCAAUGCAAGUAUGACAAGUACUGUGCAGACCACUUCAAAGACAACCGCUGUGACCAGGGAUGCAACAGUGAGGAGUGUGGCUGGGAUGGGCUGGACUGUGCUGCUGAUCGGCCGGAGAACCUGGCAGAGGGUACCCUGGUUAUUGUGGUGCUGUUGCCACCUGAACAUCUACUCCAGGAUGCUCGCAACUUUUUGCGGGCACUGGGCACCCUGCUGCACACCAAUCUGCGCAUCAAACAGGACUAUCAGGGGAACCUCAUGGUCUACCCCUAUUAUGGGGAGAAGUUAGCUGCCAUGAAGAAGCCAAGGAUGACACGCAGGUCCCUUCCUGAUGAUCAAGAACAGGAGGUGGUUGGCUCUAAGGUGUACCUGGAAAUUGACAACCGCCAGUGUGUUCAAGAUUCAGACCAGUGUUUCAAGAACACAGAUGCAGCGGCAGGGCUUCUGGCCUCUCACGCCAUCCAGGGCACCCUGUCAUACCCUCUCGUCUCUGUUGACAGUGAACCGCCAAGUCCACCACGCACCCAGCUUCUCUAUCUACUUGCUGUUGCUGUUGUCAUUAUUCUGUUUAUUCUGCUGCUGGGGGUUAUCAUGGCCAAACGGAAGCGGAAGCAUGGCUCCCUCUGGCUGCCUGAAGGUUUCACCCUUCGCCGAGACUCCAGCAAUCACAAGCGUCGUGAGCCAGUGGGACAGGAUGCCGUGGGGCUGAAAAAUCUCUCAGUGCAAGUCUCAGAGGCUAACCUAAUUGGUUCUGGAACAAGUGAACAUUGGGUUGAUGAUGAAGGGCCCCAGCCAAAGAAAGCCAAGGGUGAAGAUGAGGCUUUACUCUCAGAAGAUGACCCCAUUGAUAGACGCCCAUGGACGCAGCAGCACCUUGAAGCCGCAGACAUCCGUAGGACACCAUCGCUAGCUCUCACUCCUCCACAGGCAGAGCAGGAGGUGGAUGUGCUGGACGUGAAUGUCCGGGGCCCAGAUGGGUGCACCCCACUGAUGCUGGCUUCCCUCCGAGUGGGCAACUCCGAUAUGAGUGACGAAGAUGAAGAUGCAGAGGACUCUUCUGCCAACAUCAUCACAGACUUGGUGUACCAGGGUGCCAGCCUCCAGGCUCAGACAGACCGGACCGGUGAGAUGGCCCUGCACCUUGCAGCACGCUACUCCAGGGCGGAUGCUGCCAAGCGUCUCCUGGAUGCGGGGGCGGACGCCAAUGCCCAGGACAACAUGGGCCGUUGCCCUCUCCAUGCUGCAGUGGCAGCUGAUGCCCAGGGUGUCUUCCAGAUUUUGAUCCGCAACCGAGUAACUGAUCUAGAUGCCAGGAUGAAUGAUGGCACCACACCCCUGAUCCUGGCUGCUCGCCUUGCUGUGGAGGGGAUGGUGGCAGAACUGAUCAACUGCCAGGCAGAUGUGAAUGCGGUGGAUGACCAUGGAAAAUCUGCACUUCACUGGGCAGCUGCUGUCAAUAAUGUGGAGGCAACACUUUUGCUGUUGAAAAAUGGGGCCAACCGAGACAUGCAGGACAACAAGGAAGAGACACCUCUGUUUCUUGCUGCCCGGGAGGGGAGCUAUGAAGCAGCCAAGAUCCUAUUAGACCAUUUUGCCAAUCGGGACAUCACAGACCACAUGGAUCGUCUGCCCCGGGACGUGGCUCGGGAACGCAUGCACCAUGACAUUGUGCGCCUUCUGGACGAGUACAACGUGACCCCGAGCCCCCCAGGCACUGUGCUGACUUCUGCCCUCUCCCCUGUCAUCUGUGGGCCCAACAGACCUUUCCUCAGUCUGAAGCACACUCCAGUGGGCAAGAAACCCAGACGACCCAACACCAAGAGUGCCAUGCCCACCAGCCUUCCUAACCUUGCCAAGGAAGCCAAGGAUGCCAAGGGGAGUAGGAGGAAGAAGUCGCUUAGUGACAAGGGCCAGCUGUCUGAGAGCUCAGUGACUUUAUCCCCCGUUGAUUCCCUAGAGUCUCCUCACACAUAUGUUUCUGACACCACAUCCUCUCCAAUGAUUACAUCCCCUGGCCUCUUGCAGGCCUCACCCAACUCUAUGUUGGCCACUGCCGCGCCCUCUGCCCAAGUCCACGCACAGCAUGCACUGUCUUUCUCUAACCUCCAUGAGAUUCAGCCUGUGGCUCACGGGGCCAGCACUGUGCUUCCUUCAGUGAGCCAGCUGCUGUCCCACCACCACAUGGUUCCCCCAGGCAGUGGCAAUGCUGGGAGCUUGGGUAGGCUGCAUCCGGUCUCUGUCCCAGCAGAUUGGAUGAACUGCAUGGAGAUGAAUGAGAGCCAGUACAAUGAGAUGUUUGGUAUGGUGCUGGCACCUGCUGAGGGCACCCCUCCUGGCAUAGCUCCCCAGAGCAGACCCCCAGAAGGGAAACAUAUAACUACCCCUCGGGAGCCCUUGCCCCCCAUUGUGACUUUCCAGCUAAUCCCCAAAGGCAACAUUGCCCAACCAGCCGGGGCACCCCAGCCUCAAUCCAGCUGCCCUCCCACUGUUGCAGGCCCCCUGCCCACCAUGUACCAGAUUCCAGAAAUGGCUCGUUUGCCCAAUAUGGCCUUCCCCACUGCCAUGAUGCCCCAGCAGGAUGGCCAGGUUGCUCAGACCAUCCUCCCAACCUAUCAUCCUUUCCCGGCUUCUGUGGGCAAGUACCCCACACCCCCUUCACAGCACAGUUAUGCUUCCUCAAAUGCUGCUGAGCGAACGCCCAGUCACAGUGGUCAUCUGCAGGGUGAGCAUCCCUACCUAACACCAUCCCCAGAGUCUCCUGACCAGUGGUCAAGUUCGUCACCCCACUCUGCUUCUGACUGGUCAGAUGUGACCACCAGCCCUACUCCUGGGAGUGCUGGAGCAGGACAGCGGGGACCUGGGACGCACAUGUCUGAGCCACCACGCAGCAACAUGCAAGUUUAUGCAUGAAAGAGUCUGACUCCAGUGCAGGGACAGAACUGCCUAUAGUAAAUGCUGCUGUGGAGCAAAUGAAGGUCAUCCUGGAGAGAAAUGAAGAAAUCUCUGGAGCCAGCUUUUGGAGGCAGAAGAGGGGAGGUACUCUGACUUUUCCAAUAAUGCAAGGGAAGCAAUUUUAUCAGCUUCACUGGAUAUUUGCAGAGUUCUGAGGGACAGUGACCAGCCUCCUUUUACUCUCUUGCCCAUCAAGCCAUGUUUGUGGAAAUGCAAGAUAAAUACAAGACUUGGAACCCUGUUUACUUUUAUUUGGACACUGGGGUGGAUGCCUGUUGGAGCCCAGACAUUCUUGCAGCUCGGACUACAUGUUAAGCCCUGGGGGCUUCUGCCAUAACCAUGAGAAGAUUCUACAGUAGAGUCCUGUUGGGAAUUUUGGCCUGGAAUCCUUGCUGAAUUCACCUGUCUCAUCUUAGCUGUUGAAAUUCUUUUGACUUCAUUUGGUGCUUUAAGUUUUGCACCUCUCCGUGGUUGUAGCCCUUCCACCAAGUUGUAGGCCUUGGCCUCUGUAUUUUUAAUCAUUCCUGUUCUAGGAUGUAAUUUCUGCCUCCUUUGCCCUCCUGCUUUCUGGUGUCCCAGAAGUCUCACAGGGUUCACUUUGGUCAUGGUUCUCAUGUGUUUAUUUUGAAAAUGGAUAUACUGCCUUCUCCUACAUAAUAGCAUUCCUAGAAUAGGAGCAAAAUAUUUUUCUCUGAGCCCAAUUUGGGGACAGGAGAUUUUUUUCAAGAGGCUGCUCCUAGUUCUCUGGCCUGGAUGCAGGGCUUCAUGUAAAUCUUAUAGGAAGAAGGAUAAGAAGCAGUUUUCUCAUCUGUGGGCCUAGUCAGUGUGAUGUUUUAUCCUUGGUGGUGUAGGUACUAUGAGCCCUGUUAAAAAAACAGGCAAAGUUCAGAAUGUUGGAAUGACCAGCAGUUAAGCUACUAACUGAUGUAGGAAGUGUCCCCACUGAUAGGUCCCUGCCCCUCCUGCAAGCACUGUUGAUUCCAAUGGGAAACACGUCUGUUCCAGCUCUGAGAGCCCUCCGGCAGAUAAAGUGGGUCUAUAUGCUGAGCCUCUCCUUCCGCCAGUCCCCACAGGAAAAAAUGUCUCAAAUAAUAUUCCCUUACCUUCUAGCAUGGAAUUUUCCUUGGCUCAAGAGCCCAUCAUGGUAGUCUUCCCUUUGCCAGGCGAUCAGUCUUUACUUCUUGAUUGAUUCUCUUUCUGAUCGCAGGCCCGUUCACCAGUCUUCCCUCCACACAGUAUGGUCUGAGUUACUGGUGCACCCAGUAGGUUCUCACUGAACACGGGGGUUUUCAAGUGCAGGAAAUAAAAUGUUGGCCUAGUUUUCUAGGGUCAAAGCCAGUCCUAUAAAAGGUUUGAAAAGGAGGAACUAUGAGAUAGCCUUUGCUACUUUUUGGCACCAUUUCAUUUCCUUUGGAGCAGUCAUGACAUCUCCUUUUAGGUAACUACCAAGAAACAUUUUUAUUUCCUAGAGUCACCUUCUCAAUGAUAAUGGACAGUUAUAGACUCACUGCCCUUGUCAUCCUCAUGUUCAUUUUGGAAUUGCAUCUCACUUAUGUCUGCUCUAUUUGUGGUCUUGUCAAUGUCCUUGACCCUUUGUCAAGGGCAGAAGUAUUCUAGUUAACACAAGAAAUGGGGAGACAACAGUUUUUUUCCCUUCCCCCUGAGUCAGCGAAUAAUUGGUCCUCUGGCCACACUGUCAAAUCUACCUGGCGCUGCAGUGUCAUGAUCCUGGAAAAUUAGUUCCACUGGAGUAUUUAGUAGAUGUUAAUAGGUCAAUUGCCUACUGUGUUUGGGUUUGAAUAGCAGCCUUCAUUCCUGCCUCGCCUGGCAGUGUUCAUCAGUGCUUCCCACUUACCUGACUUGUCUGUCUGUGGCCUAUGUAGAAGCCCCAUGUGUCUGUUAGCGUGGAAGCCAGCAAAUGAUUUUUCCAGUCCUGCCCAAGUUCAUGAAUGAACAAAAAUAGUUAAUUCUGCUCUAAUAUAAGCAGACCAUUUAUUUGUUCAGUCUGUGUUUUAUUGUCUCAUGUGCCAACUCUACAAGCCCCUUUCAUGGUGUGUAACAUUUUUUUCAUUCUAAAUGCUCUCUCUCCUUGGACCCAUCUGGUAAUUCACAGGUGGGAGAACCUAUAUGCCUGAAUCACUAUGGACCUCACCACACCUGCCCUGCUCUGUCAUCCUGUUCCAGCUCCACUUACUGGAAUUAUCGGCCUCUGAUCCAGCAGCUUGGAUCUUUUAUAACCUCCUCCCUCUCCAAACACAAUGCAGGCCUGACUUGCUUGUUUCUAAUUGGAAUCUUUUGGGUUUAAGGGAAAGGAACAUGGAAGCUGCCAUUACAGACAACAGGCUUUUGUGAUGAAGAGGAAGAUACUGCUUUUCAAGCAUUUGUCAGUCACUUAGUUGUUAAGGAGGCUUGAGUUGUGUAAUAUCUGAUCAAAGAAAAGGUAGGAUGGAGACUCACUGUCUCAUUUGGUUCUGGAUGGCAGACUAACUUUUAAGGGGAUACAACUUUUAUGCCAUGUAUAGGUCAACCCCCCAUUUUUGGUUUAUCGUUAUAGAUUCUGUCUUUGACUCUUCUGUCAUCCUCUGCAGAUUUUUUUAACUUGCUUAUCUCUGUUUUGAGUUAAGCAUCAUUUUCUGAUUUUCAUGAUAUGAGGGAGGUAGAGGUUUGAGGGCAAGAGAGACUGAAAGUUAAAGAUUUUAAUGUAAGUAAUCAGAUAUGAAGCUCAAGUCCAUCGUAUCAUCUUACUAUUAAACUUCCUAGUUCAUAAUUCUUGCACAGAAAAGAACCAAAGGUGUAAUGUAUUGUUGGCAGGUGGUUUGGGGAAUUUGGACUUAACCAAUACAUUGAAUGUGUGAUGACUAUUUGAUAGGACACGUUCUAUACCCUGAGGCUCUCAUUCCUAACUCUCUGGUACUACAGCUCCUUCCUUGUGUACAUUUCUCUUAAGAAUUAUAUUAUAUCUGUUUGUAUGGGAAACUUAAUAACCAUAAAAUGACUGCAUAUUCCUAACUGUACAUAGUAAGGAAAAUGCAUGCUUUGUUUUUACUUUUUAAAGUUUCAUUCUAAAAGUAGUUAAGGUGAAAUUUAUAUAAAAGCAUUUUUAUCACAAAAUAAAAACAGUACAUGUCAAGCUCA